UUGAUGGAGAUCCCUGUGUACCUAGAGCUUUCCAAAGGCAAGGAAGAAUGGUCAGUCAUUUGUUCUCUUACCAUCAGUGCCUCUAGAAUCAAGCAGCAUUAAGAGGAAUUCUUCACAAAGCUUUUUCAAGGAUUUUUUGUUAGAUUCUUCAUUUGGAAGGCGAAAUGUCAACCAAAGUACCAAACAUUAAACUGAAAAUUGAUCCUCAGGAUCUGCAGAUCCAGACCUUUACAGUGGAGAAAUUACUGGAACCACUUAUAAUUCAGGUUACAACGCUAGUGAAAUGUCCACAGAACCCUUCUGGUAAGAAAAAGGGACGUUCAAAAAGAGCUCGUGUCUUGUUAGCUUCUGUGGAAGAGGCCACUUGGAAUCUAUUGGACAAAGGGGAAAAAAUUGCCAAGGAAGCAGCCGUCUUAAAGGAGGAACUUCAUGCAGCACUGGCUGAUGUUCAGAAAGAAAGUCAAGCUCUAAAGAUAUCAGCAGAGGCUUUUACCAGUGAUCCCUGCUAUUUGCCUAAGAGGCAGGCAGUUGUCCAAACAGCACGAUCUCUUCUUACAGCUGUUACACGGCUUCUUAUUCUGGCAGAUAUGGUUGAUGUGGCAUACUUACUGGAACAUUUAUCUGUGUUUCAAAGAACUUUUGAAACAUUAAGAAAUGUAUCCAGUAGAUCUGAUCUACAAAAUACCUACCAGAAGUUUCAAAAGGAUCUGGAAAACCUAGAUUAUUUGGCAUACAAACGUCAGCAGGAUUUGAAAUCUAGUGAUCAGCGAGAUGAAAUUGCUGCAGCACGUGCAACCCUGAAAGAAAAUUCUUCUCUUCUUCAUUCAAUAUGUUCAGCUUGUUUGGAACAUUCAGAUGUUGCAUCCCUUACAGCCAGCAAGGAUUCCAUUUGUAAUGAAAUACAAAAUGCCCUCAAUGUAAUUUCUAAUGCUUCCCAAGGAGUUGGGAAUAAAAAGGGACAACCUGCUUCUUACAGAGCUACUCUAGGAAGUGCACUUGACGAGCUUGAGCAUUUGAUUAUCCAGGACCCUCUUGUAGUGAAUGAAGAGAAAAUAAGGCCAUCGCUAGAGAAACGUUUGGAAGCUAUUAUCAGUGGAGCAGCUUUGCUAGCUGAUUCUUCCUGCACACGUGAUUUCCAUCGAGAGCGCAUCAUUGCUGAGUGCAACGCUAUCCGUCAGGCUCUCCAAGACCUGCUUUCUGAAUACAUAAACAAUACUGACAGGAAAGAAAGAAGUGAUGCUUUGAAUACUGCAAUAGACAGUAUGUGCAAGAAGACAAGAGAUCUUCGCAGACAGCUUCGUAAAGCCAUUAUAGAUCACAUCUCAGACUCCUUCUUAGAUACCACAGUUCCGCUUCUAGUUCUCAUUGAAGCUGCUAAAAAUGGAAGAGAAAAAGAAAUAAAAGAGUAUGCUGCUAUAUUUCGAGAACAUACCAGCAGACUUGUGGAGGUGCAAAUACGCUUUAUGGAACAUAUGAUCUCUCGAAGUUACUUGUAAACUCUGACUCCUGGAAAGCAGCUCAGAUGCUAGCAAACCCUACUUUCUGCCUUGGAGAACAGCCCAGGAUACAGCUGUCCUUGUGGGCUGCAAGCAUACCCUACUAAUACUAGACACUCUUUAUUUUUUUUCCCCUAAAUAACUGUUCACAUUCUCUAGAUUGAAUGCCACCCUCUGUUUUACCAUCUAGUAUCCUGAUAUCUCUUUGCAAAUCUUCAUAAGUAAUUAUUUUAUUUUCUUCUCUGAAUACUGUGGCAAAAUAAAAAUAAAAAUCAGAGGUUAGUGGGGAUGCUAUGCCCUCAGUGAGAUUUUUGGCUUACAGUUUCUGCUGAAUUUCCUCUGGACUUAUUCCUGAGGUUGGGAGGAAAAAAAAAAGCUAAAUCUCUCUGUCAGCUGUGACUUUUUGGUUAUUCUGCUGUUUUUACCAGGGCCAUGUGUUUCCUCCUCAUCCUGUUCUUGGAGGAGUAGCAGGAUCUACAUGCCUGGAUCUCACUAUGGAAUAUGUAGUACAGCUAACAGUCAAGCACUUUUGUGGCAGCCUCAUGAAGGCCAUGCUUAUGUAAACAAGUCUCUCCAUUUCUGCUUGAUAUUAGCAUUGCGCCUGUAAAACAUAGUUAUGACAUUUAAAAAAAAAAAGGGAGGGGGAAAUAGAAAGCUUUUUUUAGUACAUAAAGAUAAAUUUUGCAAUUCAACAUGUGUUGUAAAAUCAGAUGUAUACAGUCAGCUGAAAUUCUGUCCAAACAAAAACAUCAUCUGGAGAUUAAUUUCUGUAAGUAAUUUCAUUAAAAAUAUUACUGUUCCAGUUGGUCAUGCUCCAUACAACAUUGUUUAGCUGAAGUGAUGAUGCUAGUGUUGCACCAGUGAGUAAUUAGAUUAUAUCAAUUCAAAACAGAAACAAGAAAGCAUAAUAUAACACAACAUUCAUAAUGUAUUUUCAAAAUCAUCAGUGAGCCAACCUUUGAAUCAACAAUUUUCUUAGUCUAAUUAGCCCUUUGUAGAAGUUAGUACACGUUAUCGCUUUCUAUGAUUCUGUCAGUUUUAAAUUACUGCUGUUGCUGAAUUGAUUUUACUCGUAACAUUUUCAUUUGUGUGCAGAAAUUUGUAAAAUAAAUUUUUGAAUACAGAC